AAAAUGGAGGAAAAGCAAUGGGUUGUGAAAAUAAACAACGAGCUAAACAGCUUGGCAAACACUUCAGAAGAGUCGGCACAUUGGAGUAAGCGAUUCAUCUACAAAAUUCCAGCGUGCGUGACUGAGCUGAACAAGAGAGCAUAUAAGCCACAAAUAGUGUCUAUCGGACCGUACCAUCAUGGCAUGGGAGAUUUGAGGGCAAUGGAAGAGCACAAGCACAGAGCUCUCCUUCAUUUUCUCAAGAGAUCAAACAAACCACUUAACACUUUUGUCGAAGCCUUGGCUCCAGUGUUGCAGGAUCUCAAAGAUGCGUAUGAUCAAUUGGACCCCAAAUGGCACCUCAAAGAAAAUGACGAUGAAUUCUUGGAGAUGAUGAUUUUGGACGGAUGUUUCAUAUUGGAAAUACUGCGCACCACUGACAGUGCCACUCACACUCAUCACAGUACUCAAACUCAUGAUCAAACUACUUCUUCAAACGCAACUAAUCAUAGUGAAGAUUAUGCGAGCAACGAUCCAAUCUUCAGCACCCACGGCAAGCUUUACAUUGUCCCGUAUCUAAAGCGUGACAUGUUGAUGCUCGAGAAUCAGAUUCCUAUGCUCGUUCUUGAAAAACUAGUUUUCGUUCAAAACGCGAACGUAGUCAAGAAAGGCAAAGAGUUGAUGAAGCGCAUUCUAAACUUCUUUUCACAAGCAAUAUCAGUGAAGAACAUCCAUGAAAUCGAAAAGUGCUUCCACAUACUAGACGUGUACCGAAAGAGCUUGCUAUCGGAAGAGCCUCGUUCGAAAAAGCACACGAAAACAAAGAGCGGCCAAAACAGCAUCAUCCACAGAGGUGGAGGAGACGAGAUAAUCCGGUCAGCCACAGAGCUGAACGAGGCCGGAAUUCGUAUAAGGACAAGCAAAACAAGAAGCCUCAAAGACAUAUCGUUCCACGGAGGAGUACUGGAGCUCCCUCUAAUAGUUGUGGACGAUGCAUUAGAGUCGUUGUACCUUAACUUGAUAGCGUUCGAGCGGUUCCAUGUAGGCGCUGGGAAUGAGGUCACCUCUUACAUAUUCUUCAUGGACAACAUAAUAGACAACUCGAGGGAUGUGAGUUUGCUGCACUCGUGCGGGGUCAUUCAGAAUGCACUUGGAAGUGAUAAGGCUGUUGCUAACUUAUUCAACUCACUGUCGAAGGAUAUAACUCUCGACCCGGAGAGCAGAUUGGAUGAUGUUCAGAAGAGGGUCAGUUCUUAUUGCCAGAAGCCAUGGCAUCGGUGGAGAGCUAAUCUCAUGCACACCUACUUUACCAAUCCAUGGGCAAUUCUCUCUGUCAUUGCUGCUAUUUUCCUCUUUGCACUCACCAUUCUUCAAACGGUCUACAGUGUCUUAUCAUACGUGAGUCCAGCUUCUUGAUCAUUUAUUAGUUAUGCAAUUGUUGUAAUAAACAGGUCUACAGUGUGUUUAAUUUUCUUCGGCUUGUGGGAUGGGUUUGAUGAUUGAGUUCUUUUUCCUUUUUUCUUUUUUUUUUUUUUUUUUUUUUUUCUUUUUCCAGUCCGAGUGUUUCGUGUUUCGUACGACAGAUGAUUUAUAAUUGUUCUCCAUUUUCAUAUGACAAAAAUAAAAGGACCGUUUCAAAAUUCACAUUAA